AUGUCCUCUGGUGACUGCUUGGUUGCAGUGGCUGAUUCCGUGCUAAAUUCCAUUGACAAGCUUAACAAAGUUGAAUAUAACCGCAAGGGACGUAAAUACAAGUUUGUGAACAAAACUUUUCAGCGGGUUAGGGAGGAAGAUAAACAUCUUAUUAUUUUUCCAGAACAGCCCGAAUUGCAUUUAGGAGCGGUUUCGGCGUAUUCUAUAUUAUCUACAAUCAAUGACGGUACCAUUCUCGAGCUGUACCCGGACUUUUGUCGUGCUAUCGUUGGCACGGCAGAUUUGCUCGAAACAAAAGGUUCGUGUGAAGUUGGCGAUUCUUCAGUGAUUCAUUAUCGUAAUUCUCAAUUUGAUGUUGAGGAAUAUAAACAAGGAGCUUUUGAACUCUUGGAGCUGGUGCUGGAUGAGCAUCGUACCAUGGGCCUUAAUCUUAUGCUUUGUGCCAAACUCAACUUUCUUCAUACUGACCAUCAUAUUGGAGUCAAAGUGGAAAGUUACUACAUGAAAUAUUUCCUCGUGGAAUACUUUGGUGAGGAAGCAUUGACGUCACCCGAUAUACUCGUUGCUUUGAAGAGUUUUGUCCAUUGGGGACACAUUGGUGGCUUUUUGUAUCGGCUCGAAGUUCCAAAUAUUCUGUUACUGCCACAGUUAAAGACCCUGUUUGACACCCUUCCCGAUCCGGUGCCAGAACUCAAAGAAAGCGUUCAUGACCGGUAUCCUUCUGGUACGUCCAAAUACUCGCUUAUUAGAAAAGCCAUUGAUACCAUUGCAGAUUAUCAGUAUUCGAGUUUAAUUCCUUAUCCUCAGGAACCGCAAUUCGAUUUGCAAUGGCUUUACCAGCUAUGCCAUGAUAUCGAGCUGGACCCUAUCAGGUACCAUCUUCGUUCCGCCUCAAAAAGUUUGUGUGAAGAGCCCGUUCUGUUGAACGCAAUUGCCAGUAAAUACACCCACAACGUCAAGGCACUUUUGGAAUUUGUUUCGCUUGUCAUUAAUACAUUCGAAGACACUGGUGGAGAAUACUUAUUACAAAAUAGUAAGAUUCCCACGCUUACACCCCAGCUUAUCGAGGGUCACAAGACACUCUACCAAGAAUUCGAACAAAUCAGUACCAGCAUACAAGAGUACGAAGCAAAAGAUUGGGAACCAGACGAAAUCGUUCUUCGUUUGUCCUGUCCAGAACACUCGCUUGUGGAUGCAGUCCUGGCUAUGAGGCAACGAUUUAGCGACGAUUACGAGUAG